AUGGCUGACGAAUCUGAUCCUCUUGUUGCGGCGACGACGCAUCUGGAUAAAAUGCAGUCGCUUUUAAGUUCUGAGGUUGAACGACUUACGGCAGAACGCGCGAAGAUGGAGGAAGAUUUUCCUAAAUUACAGUUGUUUACUGAAGAAUGCACGAGUUUGAAUGUGGGAGGGACUAUCUUCAUGACUACACUGCAGACGCUGAGGAAAGAUGGCGAUAGCAUGCUGGCCAGCAUGUUCAGCGGACGGUUUAAUAUGGAACCAAGAAAAGAUGGAUCUUUCUUCAUAGAUCGAGAUCCAACUCAUUUUCGCUUUAUUCUCAACUUUCUCAGAACAGGAAAGAUCAUCGUCCCUCGCGAUACAAUCGCUAGAGAAGAGCUGCUGUUGGAGGCGGAGUUUUAUAACAUCAAACCAAUCAUAGACAAACUCAGUGAUCCAAUAGAUUCACAAUCAGCAGUACAGCCAGUCGCAAGUGAGUUUGUUGACAGCACUCUGAUGAACAAAGAAGAUAAACGUGUUCUUCUGUCUUGGUUGAGUGGAAAAACGAAUUGGCGUCUCAUCUACAAGGCAAGCAGGGAUGGGUUUAGAGCUGCUGAUUUUCAUCGUUGGUGUGACAACAAAGGAGAGACGAUCAGUGUGAUACGCACUGCUGGAGGAUAUUUGUUUGGAGGAUAUACUGAUGUGCCAUGGAGUACAAGUGGUACAUAUAAGCAGAGUUCACAGUCUUUUCUGUUUGCUUUCAGAUCUUCAGCUUUGGGAAAUACUCCAGUAAAGGCUACAAUAGCUAGCAGCGGCAAUGCAGUUUUUCAUCAUUCUAGCUACUGUUGUACAUUUGGAGCAGGUCACACUAUUCACAUUGCUGAUUCCAGUAAUACCAGCUCCAACAGCAACAGCAGUUGGUACAAUGGUCAGUAUUACAGCUACCCACCAGGUGUCACUUCUAACAACUAUUGGCUUGUUGGACAACAGACCUUUCAGACACAAGAUGUUGAAGUGUUUGGACAUUAG